AUGGGACGAAAGCGCGGGGGAGAUGGAGGCGGGGAGAUGGAGAUGCCCAGCGGAUUCCCCAAUGUGCCGGCAGGAGCCCUGGACCCUGCGGCCCUGGGCUUCCCGUUCCCGGGCAUGCCAGGGGGCCCUCCGGGCACUGUGCCCCCGAAGAUGCCCGGCGCUCCUCCGGGUGCUCCCCUGGGUCCUCCGGGUGCUCCGGGAAUGCCUCCGGGCCUCCUGCCUGGGCUCGGGCUCCCAGGCUUGCAGAUGCCUCCAGGUGGCCUCCCCUCCUUUCCGGGCGCCAAGAUGCCGCCGCCGCCCCCGGGUCUCGGAGGCCUCGGGCUCGGACUGCAGCUGCCGCCAGGCAUCGGCCCACCGCAGGCACUCCCCAAGCUGCCGAUGCCUGGGUUGCCACCGGGGUCAAUGGACUCCGAAGCUCUGGCCCAGAUGCGGUUUCAGCAAGUGGCAACAGAGUACGAGCAGAUCAAGAAUGCUGGAAUUGACCCUCAAGUGUCGGAACUUGCAGAGUACCAUGGACUAGAUGAUCGCGCCACGCGGGCGCUGGACGAAGAAAUGAAGAAGCGAAGAGCGACGUUUGAGUCUGACUUGCAAGCCCUAUGGGUGGGCUUGGAAGGGGCAAAGAACCCGUCAGGAAUGCUCAUGAUGAAGCUGAAGGAUAUGCGAAUGGGGACCUUUAAGGGCAUGACCGCCCUGGACAAGCAGAUCCACGACUUUGCGAAGCGAAAUCGCCUCGAUGCUCAAGCGGCGGUGAAGCUGGCGGAGGUUCUCCACAACCGUGAUGACAUUGAAGCUGACCUCAGCAAGAUCCAAAAGCACCUCGAGCGCUCCAACAAGCCCUCCUCCUUGGUCAUGAUGAUGCUUCGGGAUCUACGGGAGGGCAAACCCAUCAAGGAGCCCGGAUAUGCCCCAGCGAUCGGGAGCAAGGUGCAUGAGAAAGAGCUGCGCGCAACCCAGAAGGACUCACAAGAGCCGCACUCCACCGAAAGGCAGUGGUUCUGGCAGACUAAACCCUAA